AUGGCCGAUGUUUGUGAAACUUUAGAUGAGCUCACUCUCGAUUUUUUCGAAAAAUAUGGGGAACUUCGACAAAAGCGAAUUGAAUUGUGCAGCCUAAUGAGAGAUGGGUAUCUUAGCUUGUCUCAGGCAAGGUAUUCUAUGGGGAACAAGGCUGUUGGACCACUCCAGUACAGCGAAAACAUGACAGCUUUAGCGAGAGUUGAACUUGGUGAAAAUUCUUUUCAUUUAUCAAAGCAACGGCCUGGACAGAAAACAGAAGAGCAAGAAGCUACAGAAGCAAGCAAAAACAUAAGUGAUGAUGGCUUGCGUAAAAGGAAAGUAGGGAAUCCGGAAGAAAAAGAUAAUAAGGAAAUAAAGGAACUAGAAUCUGGGAUCGCAGAAUUGGGGAUCACCUAUACUGACCCUAUCAAAUGGUUCGGGGUCUUGGUUCCCUCGGCUCUAAAGACAGGUCAAAACAAGUUUAGCACAGCCGUAGAGCUAUGCUGUGAUGUGGCAAAUCUAGAAAACGAUUUGAAAAGACUGGUGGAGCGCUUCAAUGAACUUAAGCACCAAAAGAAAGCACUUUCACAACCUGAAAUUAAACAAAGUUAACAUGCCCUGUCUGCUUUUUUCCCCGAAAUGUAAAUUCACGCGGCAUCACCUUUAAAAAAGAAACCUUUAAAUAUAUUUAAUUUUGCCUUAAAAAAUUACAAUACCACUAUUCUGUAGUGAAAGAAUGUUUAUUUGAUCUUACAAUACAUUUUGUAUAAAUGUAUGUAGAAUGUUUAUUUGAUCUUACAAUACAUCUUGUAUAAAUGUA